GCGCAGGCAAUCGAGCGCCGAGAGAGUCGGCCCGUGCUGGAAGCCCGGUCGGCCUGCCGCGUCCGCUCAGCUGUACCGGCCGCGGGCGCCGAGCGGAGCCGCUGUCAUGGGCCUGGGCAACAGCGCCGAGGAGACCGUGGGCGGCACCGAGGGCUACCACCUGUUCCAAGUGCAGGAGAACUCGCCAGCCCAGAAGGCGGGCCUGGAGGCCUACUUUGACUUCAUCCUCACCAUUGGGCAUGCGAGGCUGAACGAGGACAAUGACACACUGAUGGCGCUGCUGAAGGCCAAUGUGGAGAAGCCCGUGAAGCUAGAGGUGUUCAGUACGAAGACCAUGAGGGUGCGCGAGGUGGAGGUGGUGCCCAGCAACAUGUGGGGCGGCCGGGGCCUGCUGGGCGCCAGCGUGCGCUUCUGCAGCUUCAGCAGGGCCCACGAGUACGUGUGGCACGUGCUGAAUGUGGAACCAUCUUCACCUGCCGCCCUUGCCGGCCUGCAGCCCUACGCAGACUAUGUGAUCGGCGCAGACCAGCUCCUCCAGGAGUCUGAAGACUUCUUUUCGCUCAUCGAGUCCCAUGAAGGGAGGCCCUUGAAGCUCAUGAUUUAUAAUACUGAGACUGACUCCUGCCGGGAGGUGACUCUAACUCCCAAUGCAGCCUGGGGUGGAGAUGGCAGUCUUGGGUGUGGCAUCGGCUACGGGUAUCUACACCGGAUCCCAACUCGGUCCCCCAGCUACCACAAGAAGCCGCCUACUGCCCCGCCACCUAGUGCCCCACCACCUGGUGCCCCACCACCUGCUACCCCACCACCUGGACCCAUCCCACUGGACUCUCCUGCCCUGGAGAUAGGUUCCAGGCAGAGUGAGUAUGUGGAGGGGAGGCCUGCCGACUUCAUGUUGCCUACAGAGGAAGGGGAGGCCCUGUUGCAGGCCCCUGACUGCUCCAUGAAAGGCCCACUUCCUGGGCCUGGGAAUGUCAGCCAUGGUGCUCCAGACCUUGGGGGACUUCCACAUUCCUUGGAGACUCCUCUUCACCCUCCACCUCCAGUGCAGCGAGUCAUGGACCCAGGAUUCCUGGACGUGUCAGGUAUUUCGCUCUUGGACAACAGCAAUGCCAGUGUGUGGCCCAGCCUGCCCUCUUCCACAGUGCUGACUUCCACAACAGCUGUCUCAGCCUCAGGGCUAGAGGACGUCUGCUCUAGCAACAGUUCUCACGAGCGGGGCGGUGAGACCACCUGGUCUGGGUCAGAGUUUGAGGUCUCCUUCCUGGACAGCCCAAGUGCCCAAGCCCAGCUGGACCACCUGCCUCAGCUGACCCUUCCCGACAGUCUCACCUCUGCAGCCUCACCAGAAGACGGGCUAUCUGCCGAGCUGCUUGAAGCCCAGGCUGAGGAGGAGCCAGCAAGCACAGAGAGCUCAGAUUUCGGGGUGGAGGUUGAGGGGCUGGCCAAACAGGCCCCAGUCUCUACCCCAGAAUAAUACCCUGGGCUGUGACAGGGCUCUUAAUGACAUUUCAUGAGGCCCAGAUGUGGGCAGGCAGCCCAGCUCCUGCGUGCCCGGCCCUGUAUGUUCAGCUUCCUAGGCAGCAGCCCUAGGUGACGUGCAGGGACUUCUGCUGGCAGGGGGCUUGUGUGUCUGCUCAGGCCCUACUUCUGGUUUCCAGGAGAUGACCUCUCAGCAUUUAGCCUGACUGAUGGUCCUGGUUUUGGGGGUUUCAAACAAGUCCUUCUGGGGUGAUAGAGGGCUGGGAAUAUAACCCUGGACUGAAUAUGGUUUGUAUGAGUUAGGGGAAGGGGAAGGAUUUGCUGCUUAGGUGGGGCAUGAAGCCUUAGUGUGUAGUCAAGGGGAAGCCAUGGGCCUCGCGGGGAGGAGGGCAUCUUACGGCCAUCCACCCUCAGGUCCAGUGCUUGUUCCUGCUCCGGUCACUGGGGCUGCCCAGGAGGCAGCAGAGUCAGGUCAUAAUCUAGCAUGUAGAUGGGGUGAGGAAGGAAAAGGGUUGGUGUUGAGUGUUGGCCUGAUUGCUUUCAUCAUCCCUGCGUAGCCCAGUCAGCCCUGUCUGUACUGGAAGGGGCCUCCAAACACCACUCUGUCAAGUGCCCUCAUCCCUAUGCUACACACUGCCACAGUUGGCUCAGGUUAGCCAACAUGCCAGUCAUGGUUAGAGGAGAGAGGCAGUAUACUUGCCCACCUCUCCUGGAGGGAGGGGGGGGGGUUGGAAGUUCUAGGCCCUUUAGCAGAGACCCACUUGUGCCAGAAACCACAAUGUUUCUUCUUCCUUGGGCCUACAUGCCACAGAGCUAGUAUCCCCAGUGGCGACACCUGUUAGCUCCCAAACUUAAACUACUAUGUCUUCUAAAUAUACAAGGCAUCCAAAUAGUCCCAAUAGUGAAUUAAAGUUGCAAAGUAAAGUUCACCAUCCUAAGCAGACUCUCCAAGCCAACUAGGUCUCUUCACAUAUAGCAGCCCCCAACCCAAGGAGGAAUUAGGGGCAUAGACAAGAGGGUAAGGGCCCUUCUGUUCUUUCCUGUACUAUGGGAGAAAGCUGUUCUGCCCACCUCCAGGUGCCUUUGGAGGCUAAGGCUAGGAACUCUGCUCAGUUCCUGCAGCCCCUUAUCAACUGCAGUCUCAUUCUGCUUUGACUGGAUCCUCACCAUCCCACACUCCUUGCUAAUUACUGUGAAAGCUGCCUCUGGCUUUGUCUUCCAGCUUCUUCCCAGUUUAAAGUCUCACUUUUAUAGCAUGAUUUGUAAUGUCAGUGUAUGUAUAGGGAACACACGAGCUCUGGCAGGUCUGCAGGACAAGGGCUGUCCCGGGGUGGGCAGGCACAGACUGACCAUAUGGAGAGAGGGCCCCUAAGUUUUAGGCACUGUGACUACAUUUAAAGCAAACCCUUGUCAAGCCUACCAGAGUAGCCAAUAAGUGUGCAUAACAGUGAGCCAUUGUGUCCUGGAUUGUCUGGGAGCCCAGUGUCAAGUCUGCAGCAAUGCAGGAAGUAGAACAGGAUCGCCACAGGACUGUUCUGGGGCCAGCUUCCCUUAACUAUGUAGCCUGGCAGUCUGACCCAAAGUUGCCCUCACCUGAAGGUUCUGGCUCUUCCCUCCCUCAUUUGUACUUUUCCCUCCCCCGUAAACUGAAGGAUAAAAUGGGUAAUAAUCCUACUUUCCAGGGUGAACAUGAAACCAGAGGUUUCUUUCUUAUCUCUGUAAUCUAUAAAGGAAAAUGACAAGUGAAAAAAAAAUAAAUGUGUACUACACUUUGAAAUAUUUUAA